AUGUUAAAAGUCCUCCUCCCCACACUAAUGUUAAUUCCCACAACCUGAUUAGUUCCUGGUAAGUGGCUAUGACCAACAACCCUCCUUCACAGCCUCCUCAUUGCUCUCAUUAGUUUCACUUGACUAAUUAAUAUAUCAGAAGUCGGUUGAUUAUCCCUUAGCCCCUACCUUGCAACAGACGCCCUCUCAACCCCACUCCUGGUAUUAACAUGCUGACUUUUACCACUUAUAAUCCUUGCCAGCCAAAACCAUACUGCCACCGAACCCCUUAACCGACAACGCAUAUAUAUUACGCUACUUACAUCCCUGCAAUUCUUCUUAAUUUUAGCUUUCGGAGCUACCGAAGUAAUUAUAUUUUACGUAAUGUUUGAAGCCACACUAAUCCCAACGCUAAUCCUCAUUACUCGCUGAGGCAACCAAGCAGAGCGAUUGAACGCAGGAACAUACUUCCUAUUUUAUACCUUGGCCGGCUCACUCCCCCUCCUAGUUGCCCUCCUCCUCCUCCAAAGCAACGCAGGGUCCCUCUCCUUACUUACACUGACAUAUUCUGCCCCCACACAACUCCCUACUUAUGGUGAUAAACUUUGAUGAGCCGCCUGCUUACUAGCCUUUUUGGUUAAAAUACCACUAUACGGAGUGCACCUCUGACUUCCGAAAGCACACGUAGAAGCACCCGUUGCAGGAUCAAUAAUUCUUGCCGCUGUUUUACUAAAACUAGGAGGUUACGGAAUAAUGCGCAUACUGACAGUCCUCGAACCUCUAACUAAAGAGCUAAGCUACCCUUUUAUCAUUUUUGCACUUUGAGGGGUGAUCAUAACAGGCUCAAUUUGUCUCCGCCAAACCGACCUAAAAUCACUCAUUGCUUACUCCUCCGUAAGCCACAUAGGCUUGGUCGUAGGGGGUAUUUUAAUUCAAACCCCAUGAGGCUUUUCUGGAGCACUGAUUCUCAUAGUUGCCCACGGCCUGACAUCCUCCGCCCUUUUCUGUCUAGCCAAUACUAAUUAUGAACGUACACACAGCCGAACAAUAGUCCUAGCUCGAGGUUUGCAAAUGGUUCUCCCCCUUAUGACAGCGUGAUGAUUUAUUGCAAGCUUGGCAAACCUAGCCCUCCCUCCCCUUCCCAACCUCAUAGGAGAGUUAAUAAUCAUUGUCUCCCUAUUUAACUGAUCCUGAUGAACCCUAGCCCUUACUGGAACUGGAACCCUUAUUACUGCGGGGUAUUCCCUCUACAUGUUCCUAAUAACCCAACGAGGACAACUUCCUAUACAUAUUAUUGCUUUGGAACCCUCCCAUUCACGAGAGCACUUAUUAAUAGCCCUCCACCUCCUUCCUCUAAUCCUCCUUACCCUCAAACCAGAACUAAUCUGAGGGUGAAGUGCCU